UUAAAUGGGACCUACCAUGUGGCUGAUGUGGAUGUUUGUAUUUAUACCAGGGAGCAGGAAAGAACGGACUUAAUGGAUGCAUUGUUUCAGGCUUGGAAAAAAGUGUGCGAGAUUUAGAGAGAGGCAGAUGAGGGCUUAUGAAUAAUUAAAGGUGUGUUCACACAUAGUAGUGUGUAGUUCAGUACUCUGGUCUGGACUCAAGGGCUUUUUUUACUUAUUCGGUCCUCCCCUGCUCAUUGGAAGACGAAACUGCUUAAAGCUCUUUGCGGUUAUGGUAAGAGAUCCAAAGCAAGAGUUAGAGUGUUCCAAAAAUGUUAUGUUUCCUCCACAACUGGAAUUCAUCGCUGCUAGGUGCAUGAACGUGAGGACAUCAUCAGAUGCACACAACCGGAGGAACUGGGCGAUGAGGAUGACCAUGGGAACAGUGGCGUCUCAACCCCCCAGGGAGAUACAGCAAGAGGAAGUUUGUGUGCAUAUGUGUGCGCAUGUUGACUCACUGAUUGCUGAGUCAUCGCUGGGCUGGCCAUGCAGAUAGAAAGAGCCUUCUGGGGGGCCAACUGCAGGGGUGCAAAGGAGGCGCAGACUGAGCAUGCUCUGUAAAGUACAGGAAGGGAAUUAGUAAUUGUGACAGGACUCCUCCUGAAACUGUACUGACGCAAUAUUUCGCGAUGCCAAGUUUCUCCUCUUUGGCAUUGGUAUGUUAGAUUUUGGGGGGAAACAACAAGUCAGCUGUAAGCUUGGGGCAUGACACCAUGUGCAGAAGUGGCUGCCUUUUAGUGGCGUCACUGAGGACAUGGAGAGAGAUUUGGUCAGGAGAUAAUUUGUCAUGUUGGAGCAUGUUUUGCUGAACACAAAGAAGCUCCCCCUUCUAUUUCUUGUGGCUUUCUGUGAUCUGUUGGAGUACUGAGCGUCCCCUCCACCCCCGCCACCUCUACACACAAACGCAAACCCACAUUUAAACUUAUCCACAAAUAUACACACAUACAGUCAUGCUUCCUGUUUGUAGAAAAGACCCUUUACUGCUGCAUUGGAGGAAGCUGUGAUUCUCAACCGGUCUGGUUACUGCAAUGAAUGGUAACACAUUCCAUCCAGUCAGCACCACCGCGACAGUAGGAGGCAGCCCAGGCGUGGUGGCACCCCCACGAGGCUGGAGGGAGUUCUGCGAGCUGCAUGCCAUCGCCACAGCACGGCAACUUGCAGGACACUACCGGAACUUCGCCAGGGAGCGCCCCCAGCAUGACGUUCUCCCGCCAGAGACGUUUUCCAAGCAGUUCACCGACAUCUUCCAGCAGCACUUCAGCUGUGAGGUCGACAAGGAUGGCACGCCUCUCCAGCAGAGCACCUGCUCCACCGCUCCUGGCAACACUACCAGCACCAGUCCGGCGGUUCCUCCGGUUUCAUCGCAGACCAUGAUCAGUCGAUUACGAAUCACCGCUUUGUCCGGGGUGCAGGACUACCGGGAGGCGGGUCGACAAACUGGAGGAGCCGCUCUCUUUGCCGUGGUGUCGCCGAAAGUGGAGCCGGUCGUGGCGAGCAGGGAGCAAGAGCAGCCUCUGCGUUGCACGGCGGGAAACCCCUGUUCAGGAAACCCGGUGCUGCUCAGGGGCUUGACCCGUACAUUCGGCAGCGGGUCAUUAUUGUUCCGUAGCCGUAGUAACGAGGAGCUGUCUGGCACAGACGGUCGACAAGUAGCCAACCCUUCAGCUUCGGGUCCAUCACAUGACGUCACACACUUCUCUGUCAGUCAGAUUCGGCAGUCUGUCAGACGACUUUUUAAGAAACGGCCACUUCCCAGGCCGCCCUCGUCCCAGGACCUGUCUGCCAACAACCUCACCCAUUCGCUCACCUGCCCCGCUAGCAGUGCGGCCUUCACAUCUGAGCAAACAUUACCCUCUUCUUCCACACAAACACCCUCUUUGCUCAACUCUGAAGCCACGCCUCCGGCAUCGUCACCGCUCUCUGGAGUAGCCUUCAAUUUCCUGGAUCGUUUCCGUUGGUUACGCGGCGGGAGCAUGAGGCAGAGGAGAUCAGAGGUCAGCAGCUGCUGUAAAGAGGGCCAGCUAAGGUACUUGCAAGUUGACGACACCAUUUCAGACUCUCUGCCGCGAUGGCAGCGCUGCCGCCUGCUGGUCAGGAGGAUCAGGGACACUGAAGGCGGAGGAGGCGAGGGCUACCAGUUGGAGCUUUAUGAUCCUCCAAAGGCCUCCGGUCCCAAACUGACGACUCACUGCUCAGAUAUCCAAGAAGUCCGUCGCUGCAACCGGCUGGAGAUGCCCGACAACUUAAAUACGUUUGUUUUAAAGGUUAAUCGAGGCAGUUUGAUAUUUGAGACGGACAACGACCAGCAGGUCAGCUCCUGGACUACAGAAAUUAAAGAAUGCAUCAACAACAGGUUGGGCAGUGUGGAUCUGGAGCCCCUCCCUUCCCCGGUCGAUAGCGGCAUCUCGACCAGUCACAGAGCAAGCUCCGAGCCGGGAAGUCAAAGUGAUUGGCGGCCCGGUUCCUCCCACCUGGCUCCCCAGACGCGACCCGUCACAAUUAGCUCUGUAGACCACUUCCCCUGUUCCUCCUCCUCAGGCCCAGUCACCCUGGGUCUGCCGGAGCCGCUCAUCCACAAGACGGAUCACUUCCUCUUCUCCUACCCGUGGUUCCACGGGCACAUCUCCCGGGUCAAGGCGGCCCACCUGGUCCAGAGCUCGGGGACCGAGGGCCACGGCGUCUUUCUGGUGCGUCAGAGCGAGACGCGGCGAGGAGACUACGUCCUCACCUUUAACUACCAAGGAAAAGCCAAGCACCUGCGCCUCUCGCUGACCGAGUGGGGGCAGUGCAGGGUGCAGCACCUGCGCUUCCCCUCCGUCAUGGAAAUGCUCAGCCACUUCCGCCUCUUCCCCAUCCCGCUCGAGUGCGGAGCCGCCGGCGCCGUCACGCUCUCCAGCUUCGUCGUGGCCGGCUCCAGCCCCCCGUCACAGGGUCAGCUCUCUGGCGCCCUCUUGGUGCCGUUCUCGCUUCACCGCUGGAACUCUGAGCCCAGCUUGGCCCACUGCGGCAUGUCUCGCGGCUGCAGCCAGCCGCCCUCCUCUUCCUCCUCGUCCUCCUCCACGUCGUCCUCCUGCGCCGCCGCGGGCGCUGCCGGCCCGCAGCCGCCCCAGCGCGUCGCCCCGGCCCCGUCGCCGUCGACCGGCGCCGCCGUCUCCGCUCCCCUGCGCCGCAGCGAGUCGGCGGGCCGGCGCCCGCUGCUCCGCCACGGCAACCCGCACCCGCCCGUCAUCCCCCAGCGGGACUCGGACUACGAGCUGGAGCCCGAGCGCGGACGUAAGCGGGCCAUCGACAACCAAUACAUGUUGCUCUGACCUCCCACCUGCUCUAUGAGAUGCACGCGUUUGAUGCAGGGUGUGCGGAGCAGACUCGAGACCCCCACAGCCUCCACACAGGUGUCCACAGUGAAUGUAUUUUGUUGUUUGGGGUCGGGGGGAGCCGACAGGUUGUCUUCAAGCCCAGCGAGCAAAAACUAUUUUUCUACAUUUUCUAAAAGCAAACUUUUGAAGGUUGGCUUCUUCCAAUGAAAUGCUAGCUUAGCACGAGUCACGUGUGAAUUGACCACUUUUUAUUUAUGUUGGCCGCUUCUCGCUGCCUCCUUUCGUUACUUUGCCGACGCUAGAUCACUUUUUUACCCCCCGCACCCCCACAAAAAAAAGCCAUUAAUUCUUGGCACAAUGUUCCCCGUGUGUGGCCAACACUCACUUUCGUAUAUAAACACAAACAACGAAGCACUCUUCUUUCUCUUGUUCAUCACUUUUGGAGACUUCUAAUUCUCUGUCACAAUAUUUCUCAUUUUUGUACAUUACUUUUCCUAUAAAAGCAGCACAAUGCCCUAGUGGUUACUGCCUCACAGUGGAGAGGUUCUGGGUUCAAAUAACGGCCUGUGUGGAGUUUGUGUUCUCCCCGGUUUCCUCCCACAUUCCAAAAAUAUGCGGGUUAGGUUCACUGAAGACUCGAAAUUGUCCAUAGGUGCGAAUGUGAGUGGGAAUGGUUGUUUGUUUAUAUGUGCCCUGUGAUUGGCUGGCGACCAGUCCUAGGUGUACCCCGCCUCUUGCCCAAAGUCAGCUGGGAUAGGCUCCAGCGAGGACAAGCGCUAAAAAAGAAUGGAUGCCUUUUGCUCUCGAGGUUUAGAGACAAUGUGUAUGUUUUAUCUAAACACACAUUCUUUUGUAGAGAAUACAAAAUAAAAUAUAUAGAAAACAUAAAAAUAUAAAAUACAGAAAAUGAAAAAACUUAACAGUCAAGAAGCUCUGCCCUCUUUCACUUAGAGACCCUGCAAAAUUGCCUCAUCAAUACCAGAUCCGCCAUUUUUCAGCCUUUCACAUCGCCUCUGUUGUGGCACUAGCCUCUUUCACAAAGAGAUACUGGAAAAUUGCCACACCAAAGUCGUAACGGAAGAUCCGCCAGUCAUCAGCUUUUUAUACGGAACUCAGCUAAACCGGGAUUGUGAAGACCCGCCAUUUGUCAACUUUUUACACCUCUUCUGUUGCGGCUGUAGUCUCUUUUUAUACAGAGACCUGGUACAUCAGUACUGUAAAAGAGCCACCAUUUUACACGAAACCCAGCUUAGGCGGAAUGUUUCUGCAUCUGUGUGCUCUUUUACACAGUUACACUUUUACGCAGGGAUACGCAAAAUUCCUGUGAUAGAAGAUCCAAAAUGUAUCAACCUUUGCCAUUUACACGAAACCCUGCAUACCACCGCACCCUUAACCUUUGUUCCAGGCCUCAUUCUGUCUGUUGUGGAAUUAGCCUCUUUAUAAAGCGAUCCUGGAAAAUUGUGAGAAUUCAACAUUUAGGAGCCUUUUACGUGGAACCCAGCUAAUCUGGGAUAUUUUCAAAUGCGUUUGAUUUUUAACAGCAACACAGCAUCUGGAAUUACAUGAUGCCUGGUGUGACAUAGGUAAAAUUGUUGUCGGACGGCGACAAUUACUCUCAGCACAAAAUAGCGGAUUGCGAAAAACCCUUUCACACAGGUCUGUUACAGCCUGAGCCCCUUUAACCCAGCUAUCCUGCAAAAUUGGCACAUCAGAAGCUCUGCCAUUUGACACAAAACCCAGCUAAGAUGAUCUGUGUGAACUUCCAUACGGUGACACAGCACCAGCUAAUUAGAUUAUGUCAGCACUGGCGUCUGAUGUGACAUAAAAUAGUUGUCAGACAGCGAUAAUUGGUUUCAACACAUCCCUGUCCCGGUAUAAAUUCACAGUUUAUAAAAAAAAGUGUACACACCCCUGUAAAAAUGAAAAAAUAAGAUGAAUAUAAACCAUUUCAAAGCUUUUUCCAUCAUUAAAGUUACCUUCAACCUGUUUAACUCAGUUGAGAAAAAAGAAAUCUGAGAAUGGAAAUAAAAAUAAACUGAGGUCAUGUGUUUGCACACGUGUGCACACCCUCUUGGGGAUAAUUGGGGAUGUGGCUGUGUUCAGAAUCAACCACAUUCAAACUUAUGUUAAAAGCCAGUCAGCACACACCUGCCACCAUUUAGUGUGCCUCUGAUUACCCCUCAGCUGUUCUCGUAGGGUUUUCCUGAUAUUGUUUGCUUUCGAGCAGAAGCCUGGUUUUGUGCUAUAUAUAUAUAUAUAUAUAUGUGUGUGUGUGUGUGUGUGUUUUAAGUUUUUUUUUCCUCAUUAAUGUACACACAGCACCCCAUAUUGACAGAAAAAAAACGUAAUUUUUGCUGAUUUAUUAAAAAAGAACAACUGAAAUAGACCCUUUGCUGUGACACUCAUAUAUUUAACUGCUGUCCAUUUCUUCUGAUCAUCCUUAAGAUGGUUCUACACCUUUAUUGGAGUCCAGCUGUGUUCGAUUAUACUGAUUGGACUUGAUGAGGAAAGCCACACCCCUGUCUAUAUAAGACCAGCUCACAGUGCAUGUCAGAGCAAAUGUGAAUCAUGAGGUCAAAGGAACUGCCUGAAGAGCUCAGAGACAGAAUUGUGGCAAGCCACAGAUCUGGCCAAGGUUACAAAAAAAUGUCUGCUGCACUUAAGGUUCCUAAGAGCACAGUGGCCUCCAUAAUCCUGAAAUGGAAGACGUUUGGGACGAUCAGAACCCUUCCUGGAGCUGGCCGUCCCGCCAAACUGAGGAAUUGGGGGAGAAGAGCCUUGGUGAGAGAGGUAAAGAAGAACCCAAAGAUCACUUUGGCUGAGCUCCAGAGAUGCAGUCGGGAGAUGGGUGAAAGUUCUAGAAAGUCAAACAUCACUGCAGUCUUCCACCAGUCGGGGCUUUAUGGCAAAGUGGCCCGACGGAAGCCUCUGCUCAGUACAAGACACAUGAAAGCCCGCAUGGAGUUUGGUAAAAAAAAACAAAAAAACUGAAGGACUCCAAGAUGGUGAGAAAUAAGGUUCUCUGGUCUGAUGAGACCAAGAUAGAAAUUGUUGACCUUAAUUCUAAGUGCCAUGUGUGGAGAAAACCAGGCACUGCUCAUCACCUGUCCAAUACAGUCCCAACAGUGAAGCAAGGUGGCGGCAGCAUCAUGCUGUGGGGGUGUUUUUCAGCUGCAGGGACAGGGAGACUGGUUGCAAUCGAAGAAAAGAUGAAUGCGGCUAAGUACAGGGAUAUCCUGGACGAAAACCUUCUCCAUAGUGCUAAGACCCUAAGCACACAGCUAAAAUACCGAAGGAGUGGCUUCAGAACAACUCCGUGACUGUUUUUCAAUGGCCCAGCCAGAGCCCUGACUUAAACCCAAUUGAGCAUCUAUGGAAAGACCUGAAAAUGGCUGCCCACCAAACGUUCACCAUCCAACCUGACAGAACUGGAGAGGAUCUGCAAGGAGGAAUGGCAGAUCCCCAAAUCCAGGUGGGAAAAACAGCAUUCCCAAAAAGACUCAUGGCUGUAUUAGCUCAAAAGGGUGCUUCUACUAAAUACUGAGCAAAGGGUAUGAAUACUUAAGGCUGUGUGAUAUUUCAGUUUUUCGUUUUUAAUAAAUCUGCAAAAAUGUCAACAAUUACGUUUUUUUUCUGUCAAUAUGGGGUGCUGUGUGUACAUUAAUGUAGAAAAAAAAUGAACUUAAAUUAUUUUAGCAAAUGGCUGCAAUAUAAAAAAGAGUGAAAAAUUGAAGGGGCUCUGAAUACUUUUCGUACCCACUGUGUAUAUAUAUAUAUAUAUAUAUAUUUUUUUUUUUCAUUCAUUCAUCUUCCGUUCCGCUUAUCCUCACAAGGGCGUGCUGGAGCCUAUCCCACUAUCUUCGGGCGAACGGCGGGGUACACCCUGAACUGGUCACCAGCCAAUCGCAGUGUGUGUAUAUAUAUAUAUAUAUAUAUAUAUAUAUAUAUAUAUAUAUAAAAGUAUUGGAACGGCAAGGUCAAUUCCUUUGUUUUUGUUGUAUACUGAAGACAUUUGGGUUUCAGAGGAAAAGAUGAAUAUGAGACAAAAGUUCAGAAUUCCAGCUUUCAUUUGAUGGUAUUUACAUCUAGAUGUGUUAAACAACUCAGGACAGAGCACCUUUUGUUUGAAGCCAUCCACUUUUCAAGUGAGCAAAAGUAUUGGAAGAUCCAUCCAUCCAUCCAUUUUCUUUAUCGCUUCUCCUCACUAGGGUCGCGUGCUUCUGGAGCCUAUCCCAGCUAUCUUCGGGCGGGAGGCGGGGUACACCCUGAACCGGUCGCCAGCCAAUCGGAGGGCACAUAGAAACAAACAACCAUUCACACUCACAUUCACACCUACGGGGAAUUUAAAGUCUUCAAUCAAACUUUUUUGGGCAUGUAGGAGGAACCGGAGUGCCCGGAGAAAACCCACCCAGGCACGGGGAGAACAUGCAAACUCCACACAGGCGGGGCCGGGAUUUGAACCCCGGUCCCCAGAACUGUGAGGCAGUCGUCCAUUGUGCCAGGAACAGACAUUAUUAAAUUAAAGUGAAUAACAUUUACUAUUUGGUAGCAUAACCCUCACUUGCAAUAACUGCAUCAAGCCUGCGACCCAUUGACUGUUGCAUCAGCCUCUUUCAGUUCUUGUUUGUUUCUGGGGGUUUCUCUCUUCAGUCUCCUCUUCAGGAGUUAAAUUGCAUGCUGUAUUGGGUUAAGGUCUGGAGAGUGACUUGGCCAAUCAAAGACCUUCUUCCACUAUUUUCCCCUGAUGAAGUCCUUUGUUGUAUUGGCAGUGUGUUUUGGGUCAUUGUCUUGUUGCACGAUGAAGCGUCUCCCUAUUAGUUUGGAUGCAUUGUUCUGUAAAUUGCCAGACAAAAUGGUUUUCUAGACUUCAGAAUUCAUUCUGCUGCUACCAUCCAGGUGGAGAUGGGUCUGGCUCAAGUUGGAGGCCAAAACAAAAAAGCAAAGAAAUGAGGCAAAUUUAAUAUGAAUCUUAAAUUUGUACAUCAACAUGUACUUGAGUGGUGUAAAUGCAUGUGUUUCUGCAUGAAGAAAAUUCAUUUUGCCUUAUUGUACUAUUCAGAGUCUUCCAGAUUGCUUAAUUUAUGUUAAAAUAAAAACUAAAUCUCUGCGGGGGCCCAAGCCCCCCCAAUAGAAUGUUUUUUUUUUUUUGUUCGUUUUUUUGUCACCUUUUUCAUGCUUUUGGUGUUUGCAUGUCUGUUUACUGCAGCCUCUUUCAGUUCUUGUUUGUUUCUGGGGGUUUCUCCCUUCAGUCUCCUCUUUGAGGAGGUAAAUUGCAUUCUCUAUUGUGUUAAGGUCCAGUGAUUGACUUGGCCAUUCGAAGACCUUCCACUUUUUCCCCUGAUGAAGUCCUUUGUUGUGUUGGCAGUGUGUUUUGGGUCAUUGUCUUGUUGCAUGAUGAAGCUUCUCCCGAUUAUUUUGGAUGCAUUUUUCUGUAAAUUGCCAGGCAAAAUGGUUUUGUAGACGUCACAAUUUAUUCUGCUGCUACCAUCAUGAGUUACAACAUCAAUAAAGACUAGUGAGCCCGUUCCAGAAGCAGGCAUGCAAGCCCAAGCCAUGACAUUACUUCCACCAUGCUUCACAGAUGAGCUUGUCUGUUUUGGAUCAUAAGCUGUUGUAUUGACUAUGGUCAAAGUUUGUGCAAUAGCACUGAUCGAUUUUCCCGCUUCUCUCAGCUUCAAAAUGGUUUGCUUUUCUCCCAUACACAGCUCUCUGGUCCACAUGUUUGCUGAAUAGCAAAUGGAGUUUUCACAGGUGAAAUCCAAAGCCAAAAACAAGCACUAACGUUUAAGCAAUCAAUCUAAAAGGCAACACCUGAGCAACUAGAAACAGCCAUCAGUCACAUGUUCCAAUACUUUUGCUCACUUGAGAAGUGGGUGGCUUCAAACAAAAGGUGCUCUGUCCUGAGUUGCUGAACACAUCUAGAUGUAAAUACCAUGAAAUAAAAGCUGUAACUCUGAACUUUUGUCUCAUAUUCAUCUUUUGAUCUGAAACCCAAAUGUCUUCAGUAAACAACAAAAAACAAGGGAAUUGACCUUGCUGUUUCAAUACUUUUGGAGGGGACAGUAUAUAUCAUAAAAACCUGCCAUUUGAACAGGGGUGUGUAGACUUUUUUAAUCUACUGUAUGUUGUUCCGGCUCUAAUACUACCUCGCCCGGUCGACUUGUUCACCCCCCAUUCUGUGUCCUCUUGCUAUAAAACAGUGACUCUGGAAAAAAGGUGGAAAAAUGCCAGCUUUUCCAGACAGUGUGACAGGGGCAAGCCAGGCUAAUAUGCUAAACGUCUUCACUUUGGACACGUGAAACUGGUCCAAAAUUCAACAAAGACACAAUCAUCGUCAAUUCAUUAAGAGAUUUUGUCCAUUAUUGUGGAAUAUUUCACAUUUAUUGAACCAAGGCACAUAUUUAAGUGUAUAUUUAAAUUAUCACGGCAUACCACCACGCAAAAAUGGAUGCACAGGUUAAUUAUGUAUUUUGUGCCGUGGAAGAGCAUUGAAUUGUUCUACCUGUCACUAUACGUGGCUUGCAUAGAGAGAUGAACAAAUAUACAUCAAUGAAUGAAAGCCCUCGUACUCAGUAAGGUUGCUAUUAUGAAAUAUUUUCUAUUUUUGUGAGCCAAUGUGCCUCUUGGCGCGUUCAAGUACCGUAAGAAUUUUGAGCACAGCCUUUAACUCGAUGACACACUUCAUUUCUUUUUUUUUCUUUUUUUUUUUUUACACGUUUCCUUUGGACGAAUGUUUUUUUUUUUGUUUUUUUUAAAUACAUAUAUGUCCAACUCUACUUUUUUAAUAUUUUUUUUUUUUAAACACACACACAGGUAGCAUUAACUGUUUGUUGUGCGACGUUGUCACGACAACAAAUAUUCAUCUGCCACGCUUUAUUUUGGUAGCAAUGGGAUGUCUUAACACUAACACACGUCCGAUUGUUUGUUUUCUUUUUUUAUUUUUUUUAUUUUGGGCACUUCAACAAAAAUGGACACGUGUGAUGUUCUUGCAACUGUAACAUGUUGACCAAUCACAAGUCCUCUCUGCUUCAAAAACAAAAGAAGAAAGUGUGCCGUGCAAUAUCAUUGUAGUGCUUCCCAUAGCUGGAAUUUGAUUCCAUAUAGCCGCAAUGUUCUCAUGUUUUUAAAUCAGUGUUGGGGAACCUUUAGUUUUUCUAUUUUGUAGUCCUCUGAGGGACAUACUGAAUUAACAAACAAACAUGAUGGAACAAGUGUGUAUUGUUCAGUAUGAUGAGUGUUUGUUGGUUGUGUGUUUUAGUUCCUCUCUGGUUUUAUGUUUUAGAACUGCUCCAUGUUGGGUCCCCCAUCCCUGCUUCAAAGCUUCUCAUCAGUUGCUUUAGCCACUCAUUCUUUUUUAAAUUAUGACCAUGAUGAUGAUUUGAUGUCAUUGUGCCUUUUGAGUUGAUUGAAAAAUGUCCCGUUAAUGAACGUGUUCUCAAUACUGUUUGUGUUUACCUCAGCACUGUAAAGCUCCCCUUGCCCUCCCCCUCCCAUUCCAGACCACCACAGAGCUUUUGAAUGAAGAUGUUGGCUUUGUGUUCACAAUCCCUUUUCAUUCAGUUGUAAGCCUUCUAAAUUAUAUAUCAACUGUACAUUGGACUCAUGGUUUUGUUUUUCUGUUUUUUGUUUCUUUUGUAAAAUAAACCUAACCAGAUUAAAGCCUCUUUCCAGGGUAACUGCAGCCUUAAGUCCUUAACAUAUUUGAUGUACUUGAAAAAAACAAUAACGGCUAGCCAUAUAUAUAUAUAUAUAUAUAUACA